CUGUGGACGCCCCCCAGCCAGCGCUUGGGUCUGCCCGCCCGUCGGGGAGCCACCCUCACCCUGGGCUGCUGCGCCGCCAGGCCGUGCACGGGCCACGCGCCGAGCCUGUUUGCGGAGAGCAGGGCCUGGAGACUGUGCUGGGCCAUAGAGCUGAGCCGGAAAGCGUGGCCAGGCCGGUCUCGCUUUUCAAAUGUUUUUCGAAACCCUUCUCCAUUUCCUGGCACAGCCAAGUCCCCCGAAACCAGUUUUGCGUAGCCCUAGAAAACUGUUUGGGAACAGUAGACAACUUUCCCUGGCGCUGGGGCUAGAGAGAUGAGGAAGGAGAGAGAGAGGAAAAUGUCUCCGUUUUAUACAUGAAUACAAGGCUUGUGUAUCACCUAGUCUGUCUGACUUUAACGAACCGUUUCCUUGACUGAAGGAAGAAGAGCCUUGGUCACAUUACUAAAGUUUUCGACUCCUGGGCCUCUUUAAAGGGAAGUUCCAGGGUAUGGGUUGGAACCCUGGAGUCCCUUGGUUGCUCACCUGGGUGGUGCUGGUGUGUCAGGCUGGAUGCUGCUUACUGGAUUUCAUAGAUGCAGCUGAGAGUUUCAGCCAUGUAUGUCCUUUCAGCAAUAAAUCCAACCUUAACCAAGAUUAUUGUGAAAGAAAUACGAAUAGUGUUGGGGUGUGGAGCCUUUCUUCAGAUAGCCUCAUAGCUAUGUUGCCAGUUGAUCCUAUUCAAGAAAACUCAGUUCGUACAGUACAAGACUGCAUUUUUUCAGUAGCUUACCCUACUCCUUUUAAAUCCAGAGUUCUCCUUGUAGCAGUUUCAAAGGAUGUUCUGGAAAAUAUUUUAGACUUUGAUGCAUCUAUCAAAGAAACAGAUGAUUUUCUUCAGUUUGUCAGUGGUGGGAAAGUGGUAUUAGGGUCUAUUCCUCUGGCCCAUAGGUAUGGAGGUAAUCAGUUUGGUAACUGGGCAGGACAACUUGGUGAUGGAAGAGCCCACUUGAUUGGAGUGUACACAAACAGGUUUGGUGAAAGAUGGGAAUUACACUUGAAAGGUUCAGGAAAGACUCCAUAUUCAAGAAAUGGUGAUGGAAGAGCUGUGCUUCGAUCCUCUGUGCGAGAAUUUUUGUGCAGUGAGGCCAUGCACUACCUCGGAAUUCCUACAAGCAGAGCAGCUAGCUUAGUUGUAAGUGAUGAUGAUGUGUGGAGAGAUCAGUUUUACAAUGGAAGUGUUAAAAAAGAAAGAGGUGCAGUAGUCUUGCGUGUUGCCAAAUCAUGGUUUCGUAUAGGUUCCUUGGAAAUUUUAGCUCAUUCUAGGGAACUGGAGUUGCAAAGGACACUAUUAGAUUUUAUCAUACAAGAACAUUUUCCAUCAAUCAACAUGAAUGAUUCAAAUAGAUAUCUAGACUUUUUCUCUAAAGUGGUAGUGGAGACAGCAAAUCUGAUUGCAUUGUGGAUGUCUGUGGGCUUUGCUCAUGGUGUGUGCAAUACAGAUAACUUCAGUUUGUUAUCCAUAACUAUAGAUUAUGGUCCAUUUGGUUUUAUGGAAUCCUAUGAUCCAAAUUUUGUUCCAAACACCUCUGAUGAUGAAAGGAGAUAUAAAAUAGGAAACCAAGCAAAAGUUGGGAUGUUUAAUCUGAACAAGCUGUUACAAUCUCUACAACCUUUAUUGGGUCCCAGACAAAGGCAGCUUGCUUCCCAGAUUCUGGAGGGAUACUCUGAGCAUUAUUAUACCCAUUUUACAGAACUAUUUAGAGCAAAAUUGGGUCUCCUUGGGAAGAGUGAGGACGAUAACUAUUUGAUUGCAUUUCUUCUAAGACUCAUGGAAGAUACAAAGGCUGAUUUUACAAUGACAUUUCGGCAGCUCAGUGAGAUUACUCAAAACCAGCUGAAAGAGCUCCAUAUUCCUCAGGAAUUCUGGGCUCUGCGGGACCUUGCUAAACACAAGUCCUUUUUAGACUGGGUUACUAUAUACCUCUUGAGAUUAGAACGUAAUAUGGGUGAUUCAGAGACUAAAAGAAGAAAAAGAAUGACAGCUAUCAAUCCUAGAUAUGUACUUAGGAAUUGGAUGGCAGAAUCAGCUGUGCGAAAAGCUGAAAUGAAUGAUUUUUCGGAGGUACAUUUCCUGCAGCAAGUAUUACAACAUCCCUUUCAGAAGCAAGCAGCAGCAGAGAAAUCUGGCUAUUCGCACCGUCCACCUGCUUGGGCCAAAGAUCUUAAAAUCAGCUGUUCAUCCUGAUGAUGAGCAGCUGAAGCAAGAGAAAAGGAGGAUUAGAACUCAAGCCUUGAAACUAGCAUGGGGAAUUAGGCAACACUACCCUUUCUCUCCUAUCCUGUCUCUAACUGUAGACUUGGAUCUCAGUCUAUGUGAGAUCUUGACCAUGUCAAGAGAACUGGAGCUCUGUAUGGAAUUUACUGGCAUUUCUAGUUCUGACCCACAUAUCUAUUUAUGCAUUAAUUUGCAUCCAACAAAAAAUGCAGUCCCAUUAAGGCUGUCAUGUUAACCUCCCCAAAUCCAUUCCCUUUAUGCUGUGUCUUUAUUAGUUGUCUCUUGAUAAAUUUAAAAUGCACCUGACAUAGUUUUAAUCCUAGAAUAUUUUGAUUGAUGCCCCCAAUAUGUGUUCAAAUAUAGCUAUAUUUUGUUCUGGAGAAGGAGGCCAAUCCAGAUCUUAGCUGGACAGGAUUAGUAUUGCAAAAUGGCAGCCUUACUAAGUUUUGUCUAAAUGACCUCACUGCUGCUUAUUAAACUUCCAGUUUUUUAAGGAAAUUAAAUCAAAUGGUGAGCAAAUGUAUAUGGGGAAUGGAUUGUCCAAGACUAAACAGGGAUUUUUUUUAUACCCAUCUGUCUGUGGGAUUGACUCACUUCUUCUCUUCCUUGCCAGUUUUUAGCAUUUGACAACAUUGAUAUUCAUUUAGUACUGGUGUAAUUCCUCAGGGAAUGUUUACUGGGUAGACAUUCAACCUUCCUGAAGACAACGCGGCAUAUAAAUUUAAAUUAGAUCAAGGUGCUUUUCAUACUCAACUUCCAGCUGUGCAGUGGAAGUCUAGCAAAAGAAUGUUGGAAAAAAUGGAAAUAUUGCCAAAGAUGAGUUACUUAACAAUCCAAUGGAUAAAUAUAUAGACAUGCUAGUCUUCCCAUCCUUCGAGACUGAGGCCAUGUCUAUACUAAAUGGAAGAUCAAUGCUGUGGUGGUCUAGAAAAGACCCAAAGAUGUGGACCUCCCCUAAAGGAAUUGCCAGGGAAGCCUUGCUGAUCCUUAAAGGACACUCGUAACAGUCCUCCGAUUAGGACAGGCAAGCAGAAAAACUUCAAAAACAGAAAUAACAUUUCUUUAGAAGGGAGUGGUUACAGUGGAAGAAUGGAAAUAAGAGGGUGACAAAAGGGAGAAUAAAGCGGCACAGUGAAGAAAAGCAAUGCAAUAAAGUUACAAUUCAAAGAAUAAAACAACACAGUAGAUGACUAA